UUGCCCUUGUUCCGUCCGUAUACAACAGAACAGAACAGAAUCUAUCUACUUCACCCAUGUUCUUCUUAUUUGUACUCUUCACUUCACUCUUUUCUUUUCUUCAAUCAAAUUUAACUCCUUUCAGUUUCACUUCUCUCUACAUUAUAUUGCAACAUAGCUUCUAACCUUAACUUAACUUUCUGUCGUUUUUUUUUUCCUUUUCAUUGGAACUAUAACCUAAGACCUUUGUUUUGUUUUUUUGGCAAAACCUUAAACCUUUGUCUCUAGGUUUGUUUUCACUAUAACUGGAAAAAUAAUAUCAAAACUUGAAGCAAUUCUUGUUCUUCAUCUUUCUCAUGGAUUUAUCAAACGACAACUUGGAUUCAUCAAACGACAAUGAUGAUCAAAAUCAAACUAAAAAUCUCAAGAGAAAAUUCGAUCACUUGUAUGCAAAACCCAAUGUUGAACAAGAUUCUCCAGCUCAGGAAGAAACCCUCAUUGCCAACUUGGUUCCUAGAAGGGAUCAGUUGGAGGCAUUUGAAGUUGCAAAAAAGAGGAACACAAUUGCAAUUAUGGAUACAGGUUCAGGAAAAACAUUGAUUGCUAUACUUCUUAUCAAAGAGACUGGUCAAGCUAUUAGGUCCAGUGGUGUCAAAAAAUUGAUUGUUUUCUUAGCUCCCACUGUUCACCUUGUGAGUCAGCAAUGCAAGAAUAUAAAGCUGAAUACAGAUUUACAAGUUGAGGAAUACUAUGGUUCUAAAGGAGUUGAUACAUGGAAUUUGAAGAGCUGGCAGAAGGAAAUUAGUGACAAUGAUGUAAUGGUUAUGACACCUCAGAUUCUUUUGGAUGCCUUCAGAAAAGCAUUCCUGAGUAUAGAAAUGAUAUGCUUGAUGGUUAUUGAUGAGUGUCAUUGGGCAUCAGGCAACCAUCCCUAUGCAAAAAUAAUGGCGGAGUUUUAUCACCAAGCUAAUGAAAAGCCAAAGAUUUUCGGGAUGACAGCAUCACCAGUUGGUAAAAGAGGUGUUUCUUCUACUUUGGUUUGUGAGGGUCAGAUAUCAGACCUUGAAAACAUCUUGGAUUCUCGGAGUUACGUUGUUAAAGAUCGGACGGAGAUGGAUGUAUAUAUCCCAUCUGCAAAAGAGAGUUGUAGAUUCUAUGACCCGGCACGGUUUCAUGCUUUGAGUUUGAAGCCAAAAAUUGAAGCCUCGUGGUCGAAGUGUGAUGUGUUGUUGUCAGAAUUUCAAAGUGAUUAUAAGGAUAUGGACCAAAAAUUUAAGGCAUUGCAUCAGCGGAUGUCCAAUGAGCUUGCCAAAAUUUUAUAUUGCCUUGAAGAUCUUGGACUGUUGUGUGCUUAUGAGGCAGCUAAAAUCUGUCAACAGAAAUUCUCCAAAAUUCAUGGAGAGUGUGAAGUUUACAGAAAAGCCAAUCUUCAGUGUGUAACUAUCAUUGAAGAAGUAAUCAAAAUAAUUGAAGAAUCCCUCCAUCUUGCCGAUGAAAUGAUUUUGGAUGUUGAAUUUGAUUGUUCAAAGGCAGUAGGCAUGGGAUACAUUUCACCAAAAUUACUAGAACUUAUUAAACUCUUCGAAACAUUUGGAGAACCUAGUCAGUUAUUGUGCCUCAUCUUUGUUGAAAGAAUCAUUACAGCAAAGGUGAUUGAAAGAUUUGUGAAAAAAGUUUCCCAGAUAUCUCAUCUCACAGUUGCCUAUGUAACUGGAAGCAAUACAUCAGCUGAUGCAUUGGCUCGUAAGAGGCAGAAAGAGAUAUUGGAUUCUUUCCGAUCCGGAAAGGUCAAUCUUCUAUUUACUACUGAUGUACUUGAGGAAGGAAUUCACGUGCCAAACUGCUCGUGUGUGAUACGUUUUGACCUCCCCACGACAGUUUGUAGUUAUAUCCAAUCUCGUGGAAGAUCUAGACGUGCUAACUCCCAAUUUAUUUUGAUGUUGGAGAGGGGAAAUUUGAAGCAAAGAAAUCAGCUUUUUGACAUAAUCAGGAGCGAGCGUUCCAUGAAUGAUGCAGCUGUUAGUAAAGACCAUGAAUCUAAUUUAAGGGCGUUUACUGUAAGGAAAACAGAAUCAUACUGUGUGGAUUCUACCGGAGCAUCAGUCACUUUAGACUCCAGUGUCAGUCUUAUAAAUCAAUAUUGCGAAAAGCUCCCACGAGACAAGUACUCCUCUGCAAAGCCCAAUUUUGUAUCGCUGCCUAUGGAGGGAGGAGGGCACGUGUGUAAAUUAAUAUUACCACCUAAUGCAGCUUUCCAAACACUAGUUGGUCCUUCAGGAAAAGAUGUUCGACAGGCAAAGACUCUUGUAUGUUUAGAAGCUUGUAAGAAGCUGCAUCAAAUGGGUGCCUUAAAUGACCAUCUUGUUCCAUUCGUUGAAGAUCCUUUAGAAGCAGACAAUAUUAUAAAAAACAAGGAAUCAAGUGCAGCUGCAGCUGCAGGUGCAGGGACCACGAAAAGAAAGGAGUUACACGGCACAGCCAGUGUUCGAGCAUUAUGUGGUUCAUGGGGAGACAAACCUGAUGGAGCCAAAUUUCAUGCUUAUAAAUUUGAAUUCAAAUGUAAUAUUGUUUCUGAAAUUUAUUCUGGAUUCGUUCUUCUGGUCGAGUCAAAGCUUGACGAUGAUGUGGGAAAUAUAGAAUUAGAUUUGUAUUUAAUCUCAAAGAUGGUGAAGACUUCUGUCAUUUCAUGUGGCCAAGUUGAUUUGGAUGCUGAACAGGUGACAAAAGCAAAAGGCUUCCAUGAGCUUUUUUUCAAUGGUUUAUUCGGGAGAUUGAUUCGUAAGUCCACAACAGUCCAAGGGGAAAGGGAAUUUUUACUGCAGAAAGACUCGGAACUAUUGUGGAGUCCAAAAAACUCGUAUUUGCUUCUACCACUUGAGAAGUCAAAUGAUAUAUGUAUCAGAUCUUUGCAAAUACAUUGGUCUGCAAUCAAUUCUUGUGCUUCUGCUAUUGAAUUUGUGAGGCAGAGAUUUUCGUUGGUUACGGAAGUUUCUGAUGAUAACAGCAAAAUCAUAUCACCACCUUGUGAUACCGAUAACAGCAAAAUCAUAUCACCACCUUGUGAUACCGAUAACAGAAAAAUCAUAUCACCACCUUGUGAUACCCGUUCAUCAUCGGAUAUGGAAUGUGAAAGCACAAACAUGUUUCACUUUGCUAAUUGUGUUGUUGAUGUUAGUAGUGUGAAAGAUAAUGUAGCUUUGGCUAUUCAUACUGGAAAGGUAUAUUGUAUCAUUGAUGUAGUUGAUAACUCAUCCGCUGAAAGUCCUUUUGACGGAAAUAGUGACAAGUCUGGAGCAGAAGACAAGAUGACGUUUACACAAUAUUUCCAGAAAAGGUAUGGAAUCACACUAAGACAUCCAGAACAGCCUUUGUUAAGGUUGAAGCAAGGUCAUAAUGCGCACAAUCUUUUUUUGAACCUUCCCGAGGAAGAUGGUGGGGACAAGUCAUCACAAGUUGGCCCGGUAGCCCCAAAAGUUCCUGUACAUGUUCACAUUCCAUCGGAGCUUCUUUGCCUUCUUGAUGUUAAAAGAGAUGUGUACAAGUCAAUGUACUUGCUACCAUCUCUUAUGUACCGUAUUGAAUCUUUGAUGUUAUCCAGUCAGCUUAGAGCAGAGAUAAAUGGUCACACAGACAAUUUCAAGAUACCUAGCUCUCUGGUUCUUGAAGCACUUACAACUUUAAGAUGCUGUGAAAAGUUUUCUAUGGAACGUCUUGAGUUGCUAGGAGAUUCUGUUUUGAAAUAUGCGGUGAGCUGUCAUCUCUAUCUUAAAUAUCCUAAGAAACAUGAAGGGCACUUAUCGUCCUUGAGACAAUGGGCUGUUCGUAAUUCAACCCUACACAAGCUGGGAACAGAUCACAACUUACAGGGAUAUAUCCGAGACUCUGCAUUUGAACCGCGUCGUUGGAUUGCUCCUGGACAAGACUGUAUACACACUGUUCCUUGUGAUUGUGGGUUGGAAACCUUAGAAGUGCCUUUAGAUGUAAAGUUCCACACUGAAGAUCCAAAAGUUGUGGUUGGAAAGUUGUGUGAUAGGGGUCAUCGCUGGAUGUGCUCGAAGACUAUUGCUGAUUGUGUUGAAGCUCUGAUAGGAGCAUACUAUGUAGGUGGUGGAUUGAUUGCUUCACUUCACAUGAUGAAAUGGCUUGGGAUUGAUUCCGGACUUGAACCGUCAAUGGUUGAUAAAGCCAUUACUGCUGCGUCUCUCCACACAUAUACGCCAAAAGUAAAUGAGAUUGCCAGCCUUGAGGCGAAAAUUGGAUACGAAUUUUCAGUCAAGGGACUCUUAGUGGAGGCAACCACACAUUUGUCUGAGUCAGAACAUGGAACUGGCUGCUGCUAUGAGAGGCUUGAAUUCCUUGGUGACUCAGUAUUGGACCUGCUCAUCACAUGGCAUCUAUUUCAGAGUCAUACCGAAAUUGAUCCGGGAGAGUUGACUGACUUGCGUUCUGCUUCUGUGAAUAAUGAAAAUUUUGCUCAAGCUGCUGUUAGACGAAACCUUCACCAGCACCUUCUGCAUAGCUCGGGAUUAUUACAAAGCCAGAUAUUAGAAUAUGCGAAAGUUAUUUCUGAACCAGAAGACAAUGCCGUACCACUCCAAGGGAUUAAAGCUCCUAAGGCACUUGGAGAUCUAGUAGAGAGUAUUGCUGGGGCUAUACUAAUUGAUACCAAGCUUGACCUAGAUCAAGUGUGGAAGGUUUUCAAUCCUCUGCUAUCUCCAAUUGUUACUCCUGAAAAACUUGAACUGCCUCCAUUGCGUGAAUUAAUGCAAUUAUCCGACUCUCUUGGAUAUUUUGUAAAAGUAAAAGUAAGUCAUGAUAAGAAGGGAACCAUGGAGCAUGUUGAGAUCCGUGUACAGUUGCCAAAUGAACGAUUGGUUCGAGAGGGAAAGGGACCAAAUAAAAAAUCUGCGAAAGGAGACGCUGCUUUUCAGUUGUUGAAGGAUCUUGAGAAAAGGGGAAUUUCAUAUAGCUCGUCCAAGGGAAAAAAAGUAAUGGAUUACACUAUUCCCGCUUGUCAAAUUGAAGACCAACCCCCAAAGCCAGUAGCAAUUAAAAAGCCCAAAUUGGACAAAACUAACUCAGCUGCAGAUGAAUCUACUGGUGAUCUGAAGGAUGUUUCCAGUAAAGCCUCUGAUACUAGCGGUUCUAUUCCAGUUGUUUCAUCAAUCAAAAUGAAUAAAAAGGGAGGACCUCGGAGCGAACUGUAUGAAGUGUGCAAGAAAAAGUUAUGGCCAUUGCCUUCCUUUGAUUCAACAGAAUAUAAAGACAGAACUCUAUUUGAAUCGUGUAAAGGGCUGGAAGGAAGCAAAGGAUUGAACUGUUUUGUGUCAAAAAUAACUUUGGGCAUACCAGGUUAUGGUGAUAUAAAAUGCCAAGGAGAAGCUAGAAGUGAUAAGAAGAGCUCAUAUGACUCUGCUGCAGUCCAAGCGCUUUAUGAGUUACAACGGCUUGGAAAAAUUAUGAUUAAGAUUGAUGAUGGCGAUGUAGAAUGCCAAGGAGAAGCCACAAGUGGUAUAAAGAGCUCACUUGACUCUGCUGCAGUCCAAUAAUCAAUCUAUUUUAGCCUCCAACUAACCGAUUGAAUAUAAAGGUAACUGAGUCCUUUGAAUUGCUGCAAAUUAGAUGAUUCGAUUCACUCCGUUUGUGCUGCCUCAGCAGCAGAAAAAACAAGUGCAAGAGGAGAGAAAAGAUGAAGGGAAGAUAGAGAUUUGAUGAAGAGAAAGAAUAAACAACAGAUAGAUAGAGGUGUAGGGGAGGAUUUUAGGUUUAGCAGCAAUUUGGUUUAAAUAGAACCAAUGAAUAAAUUUAUGAAUUUUAACAAAACUUCUGAUAUAAUAUGAGAUGAUAUUUGUGUUAUAACUUAUUUUAAAAUAUAUAUAAUAUAAAUGGGAAAUGCUAAGUGUCCCAAGGGCACUUGUUUAGAAGUCCAAAAAA